AUGUUUAGGCAACAUGGGCUCAAGCUAAACCGAGGUAAAUGUACCUUUGCGGAACAUGUCUUAGAAGCUCUUGGUCACAAGAUUGAUGCAUCCGGAAUCCACAAAUCUGAUACACAUAUCCGUGCAGUACGUGAUGCACCCAAACCAGUAACUCCAGAAGAACUACAGCUGUUUUUUGGAAAAGCAACUUAUUAUAAUUCGUUUAUUCUAGAUCUAUCUACAAGAGAUAGACCACUAAGAGACAUGCUAUUUAAAGACCCAUUCGUCUGGACUCCAGAAGGUAACAAAGCUUACGAAGAUAUUAAAAACGCUCUAACUUCACCUCAAGUACUCAUCCAGUAUGAUCCAACCUUGCCUCUUCUGUUAGCAACCGACGCCAGCAAAACAGGUCUCGGUGCAGUGCUCUCUCAUCGACUAAGCAACGGGCAAGAACGUCCAAUCGCUUACGCCAGUAGAACGAUGACAGUAACAGAACAAAAAUACCCACAAAUAGACAAGGAAGCUCUUGCAAUAGUAUGGGCGGUACAAAAGUUUUUCAAUUACUUGGAAGAAGCCGAGGAUUUUGACGAUUUCGAUUGUUUUACUAUACAUCAAACUCAGCAACUACCAGUGAGAGCAGAAGCAAUCGCACGCGAAACGAGAAAAGACCUACACCUUGGUAAGAACGUGGAAAUUCUAGAAGAUGGACAGGAUUUAGUAUAUCACAACUUUAAAGCCCCCGAAGUUAAGUAUACUCUAGCAGCCAACUGCUUGAUGUUUGAGCAUAGAGUAGUGAUUCCGCCUUCUCUACGAGACACCGUCCUCAACGACCUUCAUGUAGCUCACCUAGGCAUAGUCAAGAUGAAAGGAUUGGCACGUUCUUUUGUUUUUUGGCCAGGUAUAGACGCAGACAUUGAGACACUUGCUAAGUCUUGCACAGCAUGUGCAACACAAGCGCAUGAUCCAUCCAAAUUUCGUGACCACCAUUGGAAGUACUCAAAGGCACCAUGGGAACGUAUUCAUAUUGAUUACGCAGGUCCAGUAGCCAACACGAUGCUGUUAAUCGUUGUCGACGCUUACAGUAAAUGGGUUGAAGUAAAACCUACCACUCUUACCACAGCAACUUCAACAAUCGCUAUUAUGGACAACCUCUUCACAGCAUAUGGUACACCAAUCACUGUUGUUUCAGAUAACGGUAGACAAUUCAUUGCAGAAGAAUUUAAGACUUUCCUGAAGAAUAGUGGAGUGAAAUACCACAAACUAUCAGCACCAUAUAAAACGAGUAAUCUUAACCAAUUCCUUCGACAAUAUCGCAAAGCACCACAUUCCACCACAGGACAGUCCCCAGCUCAAUUGUUCUUAGGACGAGACCUUCGCACUAGCCUCAAUCUAACGAGACCUGAUGAUAUAUCAACGAAAGUGUUAGAAAAACAACGAGCUGAAAUGCAAUCAACUUUUCGCACCUUGGAAGAUGGACAAAGAGUGUAUUUCCUAUCUGCAAACCAGAAGCUCGACAAAUGGCUCCCUGGGACAAUUUCUAAACGAAUAGGUGAUCUCCACUAUGAAAUCAACUAUGAAGAUAAACAAAUAAGACGUCAUGUUGACCAAAUAAGAAUAUUUCAAGGACCAAUAGAAGUACCAACAAAUGAUCGUCAACGCCAUAUUCGAUACUAUGAAGAACCACCAAUUGUACCAGCUACCAGAACAUCAAUUCGUGAACUAGAACCUCCAGUGAUACUAGAGAAUACACCUCACAUUCCAAUGAUACCACGAAGAUCAAAUCGAGUGAUUCAUCCACCACUGAGAUAUUCACCAAAUUGA